AUGUCCACGACAAUGACAAUGACAAUGGCCUCGCCCCAGAAGAACAACCUCAUCCCAGAACCCAUCGCCAUGUCUACCACCACAGCGACACCGCCGCACACACCAUCCUGCUGCCCGAAAUGCGGCUUCGACAUCCCCAUCCCCAUCCCCACUACCACCACCGCGGACGACGACGACAACAACAACCACAGCGCGGACGACAGCCACGGCGACCAGACCGCCGCCCUCGAGGCCGCCAACCACAAGAUCGCCGACCUGGAGACCCAGAUCCGGCUGCUGAACCAGAAGGCCGCCGCGGCCGUCGACCGCUGGGCCGACUACGAAGACGAGCUCUCCCGCCUCCGGCGCGCCGCCAAGCAACAGGCCCAACCCCUCCCGCAACAGGCACCGCCGGCGCACCAAGGAGCGCACACCCCGCCCCAGCGCUCCUCCUUCCUCCCCGCCGGCGCAGCGACCCGCCUCUCGGCGCUGCUCUCCCCGCGCGGCCGCACCCCGCCUCCGCCCCCGCCACCCCAGCAGCACGCACAACAGACGACGGGGCCCAGCCCGCCGCCGACCCCGGGCACGGGCGACCUCCUCUCGGCGCUGGCGCGCGAGCAGGCGCUGCGCCGGCAGGCCGAGGGCCGCCUGAGCCAGACGAGCCGCGAGGUCGAGGAGCUGAGCGCGAGCCUCUUCGAGCAGGCCAACGAGAUGGUCGCCACCGAGCGGCGGGCGCGCGCCGCCCUCGAGGAGCGCGUCGCCAUGCUCGAGCGGCGCGACGCGGAGAAGAGGGGCCGGCUAGAAAGGUUGGAGAGCGCGGUGGGGAGGAUCGAGAGGGUGCGGGCGCUGCUCGGCGAUACGGCUGGGUUGGGGACGCAGGGCGGUCGUGAUGGUGGUGGUGGGAAGGAGGAGAAGAGUGACGCGCUUGCCAGGGGGGAGGCGAAUGGGACUGGGGAUAGGGAUGACGGGGAUGUGUUUAGGGAUUGA